AUGCUGCACCUCAAAGUCCAGUUUCUGGAUGACUCCCAGAAGAUCUUUGUGGUUGAUCAAAAGUCCUGUGGGAAAGGGCUGUUCAACCUCACCUGCAGCCACCUCAACCUCACGGAGAAGGAGUACUUUGGGCUGGAGUUUCGCAGCCAGGCUGGGAACCAGGUCUGGUUGGAAGCACUAAAGCCCAUAACAAAGCAAGUCAAAAAUCCUAAGGAGGUUCUUUUCAAAUUUAUGGUGAAAUUUUUCCCAGUGGACCCCGGCCAUCUGAGAGAAGAGCUGACCAGGUACCUCUUCACCCUCCAGAUCAAGAAGGACCUGGCACAGGGGCGGCUGCCCUGCAGUGACAAGAGCGCGGCGCUGCUCGUGUCCCACCUGCUGCAGUCAGAGCUGGGUGACUUCCACGAGGAGACAGACCAGGAGCAUCUGGCAUCCCACAGGUACCUGCCCAACCAGGAGUACCUGGACCACAAAAUUAUGCACUACCACCGGAGACACAGAGGGAAGACGCCGGCAGAGUCGGAAGCUCAGCUGCUGGACGUGGCCAGGAAGCUGGGGAUGUAACGGAUGUACGGGAUCCGUCCGCACCCUGCCAGCGAUGGCGAGGGGCUGCACAUCAACCUGGCCGUGACACACAUGGGGGUGCUGGUCCUGCGGGGCAAUACAAAGAUCAACACCUUCAACUGGUCCAAAAUUCGCAAGCUGAGCUUCAAGAGGAAGCACUUUCUCAUCAAGCUCCAUGCAAACAUCUCAGCGCUGUGCAAGGACACGCUGGAGUUCACGAUGGCGAGCCGCGAUGCCUGCAAGGCCUUCUGGAAGACGUGUGUGGAGUACCAUGCCUUCUUCAGGCUGUCUGAGGAGCCCAAAUCAAAGCCCAAAGCCCUUCUGUGCAGCAAGGGCUCCAGCUUCCGCUACAGCGGGAGGACGCAGCGGCAGCUCCUGGAGCAUGGGAGGAAGGCAAAGAUGAAGAGCCUGCCCUUUGAGAGGAAGCACUACACAUCCCGCUACGACGAGAGGCAGUGCCGCUCCUCCCCGGACCUCCUGACCGAUGUCUCCAAGCAGGUAUGUGCCCAUGGCGGCAGUGGGGGGCAGAAUGCCAACGGAGCACACGCCUCUGAGCCCACGCUGGACACCCGGCGCUGCAGCUCCACCGUGGAGGUGACGUUUGCUGCCGAGCUGGAGCGCUCCAAGCCUGAAGCGUCCCCGUCCUUCCUGCCCCACUCCAAGAGCUCGUCUGCCUUCCCUCUGCUCUAUGCUGAGCUGGAGCUGGAGCGGGCAUGGGAGCCCCCCGACCUCUUUGGUGCCAGGAACCCCUUGACAUCCUUUCGGCCCCACCAGCAGUUUGCUGGGAACAGGCAGAGCAGGUCGUUGGCUCACUCCUUCGAUUACGGCCUUCAGGAGCAGCCCCCCAAGCGGUCCUGGAGCCAGUUGGACAUGAAAACCAUCCGCUUCCCCUUCGGCUCCGAGUUCCGGCCGCUGGGGCCAUGCCCGGCACUGAGCAGCAGGAAAGGGGGAGCCUUUUGGCACAUGCCUGCGCCGCAGGGGCCGGUGCUGGGGCCACGGCGCUCCACUGAGCGGUACCUGGGCAGCAGCACUGAGUCCAGCGACUCCGACCCCGACCUCCUGCCCGCCGAGCACUGCUCCCUGUAUGGCCGUGUGCUGCGGGCACCGAUGGCCCGCGUGAGGCUGAGCUCCGGCAGCCUGCAGCUGGAUGAAGAGGAUGAGGAGGUGUCCUUCGCCACCCGUGCUGCGGAGGACAGGACGUGCAGGUCCAGGUAUUUCACUUAG